GCGGGGCCCUACCGGCGGGAGGUGGGGUCCUACCGGCAGAGGGGCGGAGCCAAGGCCGGAAGAGACGCGGGGCUCAAGAUGGGCGGAGAAGGGAGCGGCGAAGGGAAAACGCAGCAGGGAAACCUGAGAGCGCAUGCGUCAGGCCCGAGGCCCCCAAGUGGGAGGAGUUAGUGACUGAGCUAGGGCAGCGCCCAUGGGGUUGUUACCGUUUAUUGCCUCUUUAGUCUGACAGCCGUAAUACCCAAGGCUGUAUGAGAUCUCAUUUAAUCUUUGUGGCAACUCUAAAACUAGUUGCUGUUUGGUUGAUUCUAACUCAUGAUGACCCUAUGAGUGUCAGUAGAACUGUGCUCUAUAGAGUUUUCAAUGGUUGAUUUUUCAGAAGUACAACUCCAGGCCUUUCUUCCAAGGCGUCUCUGGGUAGACUCAAACCUCCAACAGUUCGGUUAGCAGCUUAGCAUGUUAACUGCACCACCCAGGAACUCCUGUGACAACUCUACGAGGCAGAUAUUACGACAUGGAAGAGGCAAGAGACUUGCCUGAGGUGCCGCAGUUAAUAUGUGCCAAAGCCAGUAUUUGAACCCAAAUUUGUCUAACUUUAGAACCUAUGAUCGUCUUACCCUACUAUACUAUCCUGAGGGAAGGACCCCUUCCCAACACAGACCUCGAGGUGGCACAAACCAAGUCCAAAGCCAGCUUUUUCCUGGGCUCUAUCCCCUCCUCAGCCCUGCCUCCUCACACACUGCAGGGUAACCUGGGUGGGGGUCUGGUGGGGUUGGUAUGUUCUGUUGUGGACAUUAGUGCAGGCUGCUUCCAUGGUGCACUCUGGUGUGGCCUUUCCCCCCAAGCUGAACUUAGGGGCACAUGGGAGCUCUUCCCAUUGCAGCUCAUACCCCUCCCAGCCCUGUCAACACCUUCAUAAAGUCACCUGGGAGAGGGCAAGACAUUUCAUCUCUUCUGCUGAAAACCAGCCCUGGCAGAAGGACAGAGAGACCUGUCUCAGUUUCUAUUCUGGGGCCAAAAGCCCUUAUAGGCAGAGAAGUCUCCCUUCCAACCCUCUAAAUGUUUCUGAUGACAGUUAAGCUCUUUGGCUCUUCAGAAAGUCUAGGACUAUGUUUACCUCCCUCUCCCCGUUUGACAUACGAGGCCCUUUUCAGCCUUCUCUUUUGAGAAAUAAGGCAUCUUCACUACAAGGCCAUUGUUCAAACCUUUCCCCAGAAACCCCGUGAGAUCCGCUGUGCCUCCUCUCCUUUCGUUCUGUUGCACGUAGGGUCGCUAUGAGCUGAAACCGACUUGACAGCACCUAAAAACAACAACAUGCCUCCUGUCCACAUUUCUAGACUCUAUAACUCAGGAAAAUGGCCCUGAGCCCCAUAACCCAGACAUAAGACUCCCACCCAGUUUGUGGCCCACCUAGACGUGCAGAGAUUUUUUUACGAUUCAGCCAUGGAGCCAGCCACGUCUUUUUUCUCCACCCUGGAUCUCUGCUUUAACUCAGGCCUCAGAGUCAGGCAGCCUUAUGGAGGGCUCUAAAUUUAUUAAUUCAACAAGUGUUUCGUAAGCACUUACUAUGUGAUUGACACAGCAUAUCCUUUGUUUCAUUUCAUUCUCACAGCAGUCCUCAGAGAUGGGUGUAAUGAUCCUUACUUUACAGACGAAAAACUGAGGUUGAGGAAGUUGGAGUGACUUACAGAGGUCGCUCUGAUUUCCCCUUCUCACGAUGCCUGGGGCAGUGACUUGAGUAAAGGUUCUGUCCUCUCUGGAGGCCCCGGUGGCUUGCUGAGUCACUGUCCUGUCCCACCUGUUCCUGCCAAUCUCGGAGAAGAAAUGACACUGGAGAGGCAGAGAGGAGUGACGGCAGAGGCAGAGGGGCGGUGGGCUGGCCCAUGGCUGAGGCCUCGCUCCCAGGGUUGGGGGGAGACACCAAAGCCGCACCUUGCUCCAGUGUCCUGGAGCUGGAGGAGCUCUUGAGGGAGGGAAAGGUCUCUUGCAGCCGAGUGGACGAAGUCUGGCCCAACCUUUUCAUAGGAGAUGCGGCCACGGCAAAUAACCGCUUUGAGCUGUGGAAGCUGGGCAUCACCCAUGUGCUGAACGCGGCCCACGGGGGCCUCUACUGCCAGGGCGGCCCUGACUUCUAUGGCAGCAAUGUGAGCUACCUGGGGGUGCCAGCCCACGACCUCCCUGACUUCAACAUCAGUGCCUACUUCUCCUCCGCAGCUGACUUCAUCCAUUGCGCCCUCAGCACACCUGGGGCCAAGGUCCUGGUGCACUGUGUGGUGGGUGUGAGCCGCUCUGCCACGCUGGUCCUCGCCUACCUCAUGCUGCGCCAGAAGUUGUCCUUGCGCCAGGCGGUGAUCACUGUGCGGCAGCACCGAUGGGUCUUCCCCAACCGAGGCUUCCUCCACCAGCUGUGCCAGCUGGAUCAGCAGUUGUGGGGUGCAGGCCGGAACUGAGGGGCCAGGUGAGGGCUGGGCAGGAGGUUGGGGGGUAAGGGGGCAAGGCUGGGUGCCAUUAAAGUGAGAAGUCAGGUGAGGGGCUGGGCAGGGGGCAAGGCUACAGUUAGAAGUAAGGGGUCAAGUAAAGGCUGGUGACAUAGGAUGGGACCAGUUCAGUGGUUGGUUGGCAGGAGGGAUGUAUGUGGCUGGAAAUGAAGGCUGAAAGAGACCAGGCCCACUCCCCAAGAUACUGGGAACCCCUCGUUGACCCAAGGUCUCACCAGGACCUGGCUUAGGCAAUACUCCUGUAGGCCUUCCUCUCCUGCAGCUUAUCCAGGUUCUCAGACCCCAGAAAGAGUGGAAAGGCUAAGAAGGAAGGGGGUGGAAAGUAUAAAAUGGAAGAGCUUGUGAGGCUGGCUUGUCCUGCCUCCUCAGCAGAAAGGCUGUGGGAGCUCACCUGAACCUCGCCAUGGUCAGACCUGGCACCUGUGGCUGUCUGGACCUUCCUGCACCUCUGCCAAGCCUAUAACCUCUGCAUCUCCCUCCCCUCAGUUCUAGACCCAGCUACAGCCUCAGGAAGAAAAUUUGGCUGCAGCUAUAGUUCUACACUUAGCGAAUUCUCGUCCCAGCCCUGUUCCACCAUUCUCACAACGGGAAAGGAGGACAGGUUCCCGAAUGUGCUCCUGCCACCAGCCAUGAUGUCUAAAGCCCUGCUCGAUGCCAGAGUUCUCCUGUAUCUCUCCUGCACUUGCACCACCCAGUUCUCCACCAUGUUUUCAGCACCCAGACCCUACCCACCUCCCAAUUACUCUUCUGAUCUCAGAGAUCUACACAGGACCCUGUCUACCCUUGCUCCCUCUCUGGUUCUGGGCACCUCUUUAGAACAUAAAGGUCUUCCUGAAGCCUACCCAGACUCCUUUCUGCUCCAUUCACCCCCUGCUUUCUAGUUCUGUAUUCAGGGCAGCUGGAGAAAUAGCCCAUGGUCCUUAGGUUGCACAAAGGGAGCAGAUCACCAGUACCUCAUCUUCCCAACCCAACCCCUCCAGCCGUGGGCUUCAGUGUCCCAAGUAGAAGAUGGUGGGUUUCUCAGACUUGUGAUUGUUGCUAGUUUCCGUCAAGUAGGCCCCCAACUCAUGGCGACCCCACGUACAAUGGGAUCAGACCGUUGUGAUCCAUAGGUCUUCAUUGGCUGUGUUUUUUUUUUUUUAGUGUUCUGAUCAUGCUGUUUUUUUUUUUUUAAUUUUUAUUGUGCUUUAAGUGGAAGUUUACAAAUCAAGUCAGUCUCUCAUACAAAAAUUUAUAUACACCUUGCUACAUACUCCUAGUUGUUCUCCCCUAAUGAGACGGCACAUUCCUCUCCACCUUCUAUUUUUGUGUCCAUUCGGCCAGCUUCUGACCCCCUCUGCCAUCUCAUCUUCCCUCUAGACAGGAGCUGCCCACAUAGUCUCAUGUGUCUACUUGAUCCAAGAAGCUCACUCCUCACCAGUAUCAUUUUCUAUACUAUAGUCCAGUCCAAUCCCUAUCUGAAGAAUUGGCUUUGGGAGUGGUUCCUGUCUUGGGCUAACAGAAGGUCUGGGGACCAUGACCUCCAGAG